CACGUGCUUGACCUUCAAAAUUAUUAUAUAAAUUUAGUUUUUGUUUCUUUAUUUCGGUUAUUCAAUAAAUUAAUCUAUUGUUCACUUUAAGGGAAAAGAAAAUGUUUUUAAAUUUGAUUACAACACUUUUACUGAUGGGGAACAUUGAUGCAUGGUUCUUGACGAAAAUAACAAUAACUUUAAGCAUACCGGUAUUAAAAUUUCCACAAAAAAUGCCAAUGCUCAAUCAUCAAAAAAAUCAAUUUGGAAUAAUAAUUGCUCAACAUUCAGAAUUUUUCAUUUCAAUUGAAGCUGAUGAAAAAAUUAAAAAUUUCAAUUUCUAUUGUCUUGAUUAUUCACCAACUGGUGGAAAAAUAAUAGAUUUUAAAGGUGAAACAAAUAUUCAAAGAAAUUUAACAGCAAUUAAUGAAUGUGUACCAGUUGCAUCAGUUUCGUAUCAAAUUCCCAUUAAUGUGACAAUAACAGCAACAAAAUGGAAUUAUUUACCAAUUUUUUAUUCAUACGGUGAGAAUAAAAAUAAAACAAUUGAAGAUGAAGGAAAAUUUUACGAUACAAUUGAAUCUUAUGGAUUUAUUGAAAAUUUUUACACACAAAUGUUAUUGACUUCAAGAGAUGUAAUUUUGCUUAAAGCCAGUAAUUCCAGUUUAAUAAAAACAUUACAGAAACAUACGGAUGUUGUGAGAUAUUACAUUAAAUUACUCGGUGAGAAUGAUUACAAUCAGCAAAGUAUAUUUUUACGUUCAAAUAUGUAUCAAAAUUUUGAAUGUAAUUCUAAUUUCACUAAUGACUGGAUAAAUGCUAAUACAAUUAUGGAAUUUUUCAAUGACAAUUAUGGUCAUCUAAAUUGGUGUACAUUAACAAAAAUUGGACAAUUUUAUGAAAUUAAAUAUUUUAUUAAAGAUUUAAAUAUUGUUGGCAAUGUUUGGCGUCAUCUUUUUGCAAAUUUAUAUAGAAAAUCAAUUAAACAUAAAGAAUUAAUGGUUCUACCUGUUGUCUACUCGAUGACAUUGAAACAACACUAUUUUAAUGCAAUUCCAAUUCAACAAUGGACAUCACCAUUAAAAGUACAUUUUUUCAAAAUUCUUUUUAAUUACAAUAAUUUUGAAUCAAUAUUUAGGGAAUUUAAUAGACAACAUUUGAAGUACUCAAAUUUAAAUGAAUUUAAUGAUAUAGUUUAUAAUUUAAUUGAAGUCUUUCUUGUUCAUCAAAAUUUAAAUAUUUUAUCACAUUUACGACGUAUUAAUUUAAUGCUUAUGGAAAAUACAUCUCCAAGGUGGACGGAAGACAAAAUAAUUGUUAGAGAAGAAAUACCUUUAGACGAUGACUUUUUACGUUGGGGGUAA